AUAUAGCUGGCCUGCUCUGUUGAACUGACGUUGUGCAACACCGUCCACACUAUCGCACACACCGGAAAUCUUGUUUGCAAAACGUUUUAGGGGUUUCUGUACACCGUCGGGUCGCCGUGCGCUGGUGCUGCCUUAUUUCGUUAUAAUACAGCCGAGACAGGGAGAGAGAGUCGUUGGGCCUUAUUUAAGCAUCAAAGUUUUCGAGGCGCAACGCAGCUUUGUGUUUCGUUUGUUAUAACCGAAAAAGAGAAUCCCUCAAUUACUUCUGUGCAACUCGAGCGAAGAACAAAAGAAUACGCGAGCAAGCCACUCGACACUAACACCACCACCACCACCAACCACACACACACACAACCCAGAAAAUCAAAUUUCAAUCAGAAAAUGGCGUUAAAAAGAAUCAAUAAGGAACUGCAAGAUCUGGGCAGAGAUCCACCUGCACAAUGUUCAGCUGGUCCAGUUGGAGAUGAUUUAUUUCACUGGCAAGCUACAAUAAUGGGCCCGCCGGACAGCCCUUAUCAAGGAGGUGUAUUCUUCUUAACUAUACAUUUCCCAACAGACUAUCCCUUUAAACCACCCAAAGUGGCUUUUACAACGCGCAUAUACCAUCCAAACAUCAACAGCAACGGAUCGAUUUGUCUCGAUAUAUUAAGAUCUCAGUGGUCGCCAGCAUUAACUAUUUCAAAAGUCUUAUUAUCAAUUUGCUCUCUACUCUGUGAUCCUAAUCCAGACGAUCCGCUUGUUCCAGAGAUUGCCAGAAUAUAUAAAACUGAUCGGGAAAAAUACAAUGAGCUGGCACGAGAGUGGACUAGAAAGUAUGCUAUGUGAUGCGUUCCAGAUUGCAGCAGUCCAACAGAAUCAGCAAAAUCAACAUCAACAACAAUAGCAGCAGCAACAGCCACAGCAAAAGCAAAAGCAAACACAACAACAACAACAGCAACAUCAGUAAAAGCAACCGCAACAGCAAAAGCAACAAAGAUAACAACAUCAACGUCAGCAUCAGUCUACAAUAAUAGUCAGAAGUGGAGGAGCUGCAGCCGCAGAAUCAUCGUUAUUGACAAUGGCCGCCGUGCGGUGGUUGACAAUAACAACAACAACAACAUUGGCAUGAUUGGUGGCAGCAGCAGCAACUACAUUAGAAGUUGCAGUCAAUCCAACACCAAUCAUUGCAACACCAACAUUAACAUCGGUAGUAGCCAGGGCAGCGUUAAGAUCAGCAGCUGCCGCUGUCGCCGCCUUCGCUCGAUCGGGGGCCUUAGCAGCCAGUGGAGGAAGUGGAUCGAAGGGCAUGCCGCAACAGCAACAUCGGCAGCACCAGCAGAAGUAGCAGCAACAACAACAUCAACAACUGACAGAUUGGUGGCGGACUGCGGACGGGAAUAAUUGUGUGUUUGAUGACCGAACAGAAACAGAACAGCAUAAAUGGAAAUAAUUUAAUAAUAAUUACUGAAAAAUUAUGUAAGCAUUAAACAUUAAAAGCUAGACAGCUACCAACAACAGCAUCAACAUAAUAAGUUUAAAUACAAAGAAAAACAAAACUACAAAUAAAAAUCAGCUGGAAAAAUUA